AUGGAGACCAGACAUCGAAACGUGAUGUCGACAGCUCACAAAUGCGGUCAAACUUCAAUACUUCAAUGUUUAUUCCAGAGCAGUGAGAAACCACGAGCAAGUAAAUCCCCUGAAAGUGAAGUCGAAGAGGACUUAUUGGACCUAGAUGGUGAAGAGGUGCAAAGUCAACCGGAAAUGCCAGUCCAGCAAGGAGACGAACCCUCAGCUAAAGGAUAA